CUAAAUCUGUAAUUCAUCCAUUUUGGCUGGCUGACAACUCACAACUCAAACUGCAACAAUGGCCGAAACCAAAACAAAAGUACUGAAAUUCGACGCGGAGGAAGAUGUGGCCGUCGCUCUAGCAAAGUACACCGCCUAUCUCUCCGAAAAGUACAUCAAGGAAAAGAAUUCUUUCUCGGUGGUUCUCUCCGGCGGCACCCUAAUAGAUACACUCAGGAAACUAGUAGAGUUUCCAUACAAGGAUUCUGUGGAUUGGUCGAAAUGGCUGAUAUUUUGGGUUGACGAGAGAGUGGUUCCUCUUGAUCAUGAAGACAGCAACUACUUACUUGCAUACCGUGGUUUUCUUUCAAAGGUACCUAUUCCUCCAAGCAACAUUUACGCAAUCAACGACAAGAAGUCUCCGGAAGGUGCAGCCGAUGAUUACGAGGAGCGUAUCAAGAAUCUGGUCGAGGAAAAAACCCUACCUAUUUCAGACAGUGGCUUCCCUAAAUUCGACCUUAUGCUUCUCGGAAUGGGGCCCGAUGGCCACGUGGCGUCUCUUUUCCCCUCUCACAAUCAACGGUACGAAAAGAAACGGUGGGUGACAUUCAUAACUGACUCUCCCAAACCGCCGCCACCUAGGAUCACUUUCACAUUCCCAGUCAUCAACUCUGCUUCGGACAUUGCAAUGGUGGUCACUGGUGCUGAGCUGGCGGAUACUACGAAGAAAGCAUUGGGAAACGAGAAGCAUACUCUUCCUCCUCUUCCUUGUACUGAAGUUUCGGCUGAGAGAGAGCUCACUUGGUUCUUGGACAAAGAUGCUGCUUCUAAACUGUAAGUGUAAUUGAGCUCUCCGAUGAAUAAGCGUUACAUAUAUACGCGUAUGAUUGAUGUUGUAUGUGGUGUGUUAGUGUCUGUCUAUACUUUUCUAUUUCAAUAAUAAUCUAUACUCUAUGAAAUUCGGCUGAGAGAGAGCUCACUUGGUUCUUGGACAAAGAUGCUGCUUCUAAACUGUAAGUGUAAUUGAGCUCUCCGAUGAAUAAGCGUUACAUAUAUACGCGUAUGAUUGAUGUUGUAUGUGGUGUGUUAGUUUCUAUCUAUACUUUUCUAUUUCAAUAAUAAUCUAUACUCGAGAAUUUCCGAUUUUUGU